UGGUAGACAUUGUUCUUAUUUUGACUUUGUCCCCCCUCCAUGAAAACCUUAAGCCAUGACACAAAGCUAAAGGUUAGCAAUGAUUUAAGCCAAUGAAACCAUGGCUCCUGCAACAUGUGCAUAAGUAAAUCAAUUUAAAUGGUCAAUCCGUCUCAUUAUUUAAGUACCGAAUAACAAGUAUAUUGAUUUGUCAUAGCAGUAACAGUUACAGAAAAAAAAGAUGUCUAGAAAGUAGCAAAUUUGCCUCAUUAAAGACUAGAACAUUCAAGAAAUAAUUCACCAAGGAACAAAAAUGGAUUUUUUAAUUGAAUAACAUAGCUGGAAGAAAAAAAUUUUUUUUGACACCUUCUUUUUAAAAAAACACACACGAGACCACCUGUGCUCGCCUGCAUGAACUCUAUUUCAUCAGAAUGUAUAUAAAAAGCGUCAUUUUUUUUGCGAGCCUUCUUUCAUUAUUUUCCUUAAGAAAAUGUACGCUUCAAAACUUGUUGUCUCUCCUGUUUAUGUGGAUAAGAAACAAGAGCAAGGAUCACCAACAUCUUAUUUUUCAUCUUCAAACCAUUAUCAACACCAAUUGAAUGUUGAAGCCAUUCGCCAACAUUCUCUGGAAGAUGCUAUCCGCCUUGCCUCACAAGUCAACAUGAAACAUACUGCUAGUGGUUGUGACCGUUGUGAUCUUGUUGCCGGGUAUUAUAUAACUGCCUUGAGAUAUGCUAGGGAAAAUGAACCUGUUCAAUGCAACACUAUCUUAUUUGAUCUUGUCUGGCAAAUGACAAACUUGGUGCUGGCUCACCGGGAAACAAGCAAAUAUCAAUACUUGCAUUGGUUUGAUUUGAUCACCACUGAACUCUGGGAUUUUGCCAAACAAUUGAAAGAAGAAUCCUUUGAAUGCGAUACCCAUAUUCCAUUAUUGGAUGGUGAUAUCAAGAGACUCUCUAUUGACUCAAGCCAUAGUGAUGAUAGUGAACAUGAUGAAGAAAAUUACCGUAGAGCUAUUCGUAUCACUAUCUAUAACUGCCGUGCAUUGGUGUGUGAACAAUCAAAUGAGAUAACUCAAGCUAUUGUUUACUAUCGCAAGUGUGCAUCUGUACGACCCACACCGUUUGAACCUCAGCAACAUUUGCAACAAACAGCUUUAGCCACCCUGCAACGCCUUAUCAAGACAUCCAGACCUGUCUCACAACUCAAACACAAGAACACUUUCUCUUCUGUAUUCACAUCGGAUUCCAUCUCGGCUUCUUCUACCACUUCUUCUGUUUCAAGUCUGUCGUCCAAGACUUCUAUGUGUUGCUCUAACUGUGGCAUUGAAAAACAAGUCAUGCCUGUCUGUGCUCGUUGUAAAAUCCAACCUUAUUGUAGUGUACGUUGUAUCCAGUCACAUAAGGAAACACAUGUGUCCAGUUGCAUAUCGUCGCAUUAGUCUUUUGCUUAUCUCUUUUCUUUUUUCUCCCUUUUCUAUCAUGAAGAUAUCACUUAUUGCAUAUUCAUCACAUUAUUUCAUUUUUCUUGUUUGUAACAUAUUAUUCAAUAAAAAAAAACCUCCAAUCUGUA